AUGGCAGACUCAAAUGUAAAUUCAAGCCAGAUCAGUGAUUCAAGCCAACUAGAAGAAAACGAAGAAAGUAGAAAUUCUCUAAGAGCAAUCCAGUUACUACAAGAGGCUACAAGAUUACUUUCACCUCAACCAAACAGUCUAUCUAGCACUACGGUGAACCAGGUUAGCGAAACAUCAAACAGUCCUGCUCCAUGGCCUCUAUCCAAUUCUAGUCCAGCUCCAUCCAAUUCUAGUCCAGCUCCAGGGGCAAGGCAUGGAGAUAUUGUUGGUAAUUUACGAAGCUUGUUUUCCCCUUACGGCACAGAAAGAUUCAGGUCGCAGUCGUCUGCCUACCAGAUUGCACCAAAACGUACACGAAGAAAUGGUAGCAGUAACUCUAAUUAUUAUAAGGUGAAGGAGACUUGGACUCAUGAAUUUUUCUGCUUGGCCAAAUGUAAUCAAAAUCGUGUACCUCAAAGGAGCGAAAAAAACAUGUUACAGCAAUGUGGCCUGGGAAGGAAAAAGAUAUGUUUCAAUUCAAAUUCCAAUCCAGCAAAACUUAAUGAAAUGUUAUUAUCGCAUUUCCCAAAAUUAGCAAAUGGUGGGGGGUUUGAAAUUCUGAGAUCUGGUGGAGCUAAGGCCACAGACCUUGUCAUCAUUCAUCCACCGCCAAUAGGAUAUUCUGUGCCAUUUCUAAGAGAUCUAUCGGGAUUGGGUCAAGCAUUGGCCUAUGUUAGGCCUUUGCAAAGGAACCUUGACUUGACAAUUCAGGCUAUUCAGCCCUCAAUG